AUGGCGAAAACCAUGCUGCUCCUGCUGCUCUGCGCGACGAUCGCGGCACACGCGCACGCGCAGGCGCCGACGCAGCCGGCUGCGGAGGAGACGCCGCCUGGGGCGGGCGUGAAGGUGUCGUUCCGGCCGAGCGUGGCCAUCGUGGUGGGCAUCUUCACCAUGAUCUUCUCCCUCACCUUCCUCCUCCUCAUGUACGCCAAGUUCUGCCACCCCGCCAACACGCCCCUCCUCCCCGCCACCACCACCGCCAGCCCCUCCCGCGCGCCCGCCCCCGACGCCUUGAUCGAGUCGGAGGCCAGCGCCGGCGUGGGCAAGGCGGUCAUCGAGUCGCUGCCCUUCUUCCGGUUCGCGGCGCUGCGCGGGGCGCGGCAGGGCCUGGAGUGCGCCGUGUGCCUGGCCCGCUUCGACGACGCCGACCUGCUCCGCCUGCUCCCCCGCUGCCGCCACGCCUUCCACCUCGACUGCGUCGAUCGCUGGCUGCACUCCAGCGCCAGCUGCCCGCUCUGCCGCGCCCGCGUCCACCCCGACGACGCCGACCUCGGCCUCAAGUACGCCGCCGCCAGCGCGCGCUUCGUCUUCGGAGCAGGCGACAACGCAGCCGCCGUUGGUGCCGCCCCCGCACCGUCCUCCGGCCGCGACCUCCUCGCAGGCAUCUUCGUCGAGCGCGUGCCGUCGGCGCGCUUCGGCGGCAUAGGAGACGCUGGCGCCGGUGAUGAUGCUGGUGCUGCUGAUGAGUCUAACUCUAAGCUGGACCGGCACCGGCAUCGCAUCGUGGUGUCGGACAGCGUGUUCAAGAGCCGGUGGAGCGACCUCAACUCGGCGGACCUCAUCGCGCUGGACACGGAGAUGCUGCGCUCCGUCUCCAGCGGCCGCUUCCCCUACCCCUACCCCGACGACGACAUUAUCUUCCUAGGAGACGAGCCGCCGGAGGAGCGCGGCCACCGAGACGAUCACGACGGCGCCGGCGUGUCCAUUGAGAUUGAGAGGAAGCGGCUGCUGGACGUGGAGAGCGGGAGCGGCAGCAAGGCGGCGCCCAGCCUGGUACGUGGACUUGGAGGGUGCGGCGGCUCCGACGCCGUGGAGCCAUCGUCGGUGCGCGCGGCGUCGAGGCUGGUGUCGUCGGGCGUGCGGUCUAUGUCGGAGAUCGUGCGGCUGCCUCGGGUGGCGGUAAGGACGGAGGAGGAGGAGAGGGCGCGGCAGCGGUGGGUGCCCAUCGCGCGGCGGACGGCGCGGUGGUUGGCCAGCCGGAGCAGGAGCAGGGAGGAGGACGUCAACGCCGCCGACCGCCUCCGUGUGUAA